AUGCCUCGAGAAAGAAGAAAGUGGACCGAGGCAGAAGAUGCAACACUGCGAGAUGCAGUCUUGAAAGGGGGAGACUCAGCCUGUGACUGGCAUUUGAUUGCCUCCUGUAUCCCCGGACGUACCAACAAAGAUUGUCGAAAGAGGUGGCAUUAUAAGGUUGCAGCUACUGUCAAUAAAGGUCCUUGGGAGGUUGCUGAGGAUGAGCGGUUGUGGGCAGCUGUUCAGGAACAUGGAAGUCGAUGGGCGCUCGUUGCACAGGUUGUUAAGACGCGAAACGGGGAUCAAUGCUCGAAACGGUGGUAUGAUGCCUUAGACCCAAGUAUCGAUCACAGUCCAUGGACACCCGAAGAGGAUGCCAGACUCCUAGAAGCCAUUAAUAAAAAUGGUCGUAACUGGAAAGCUAUUGUAAAAGCUUAUUUCCCACGUCGGACAAGCCUUUCGGCAAAAAACAGAUACUCGUUAUUGAUCAGAAAAAUGGAGCCAAAGACCAAACAUUCCGGAUCUCAAACAGGAGCUCAAAAAAAAUCGAGCUCUCCUAACAUCAAAGCACCGUCUAAGCUACAGCAGCAGGAACAUCCCCAAGAGGCAACAUCCCCAAUCGACAACUACGUUCCAAUUCUUCCUCUUCGGCACAAGAUACUAUUACCGGGGGGUCAAUUGAUGCUCUUUUUUCUCAAACAGGCUGCCAGCAGCAGUACAAUGAAGAUCCGCCCUCCAAUAAUCAAGACCAAAUAA